GUCAAUUCAACAUGAGGUUCUUUCGUUUUCUGUUACUUCUUACAACGCUUAAAGGGACAUUAGCUUCCGUUCCUGCUCUGGUGCAACUUGCAUUUAAGUUACAUACAAUUUGCAUAACGAAUAUAUCAGCUUUAAAUUUUGUCGAAAUCUUUAAUCGGAGUCACUGCAAAAUUGAAACCGACAGCUAUUUUCAUUGUUGGCCGAACACACUGAAAAACAAAGUAGUUGAGAUGCCAUGUAGCACAAUCUUCUUUUUUAAAGGUAGUAUGGUGAAAAGAAGAUGUCUGCAAAAUAAUACGUGGGAAAAAAUAAAUUAUAACGAUUUCUGCACGCCGUUACCAAAAGAUGUAAAAGACAACAUAUUAGAUAAUCUGUUGAUCAAGUAUAAUUUUUCAACACAGAAGGAACUUGAUAGAGCUGAUAAAAAACAGGAAACAUUGGAUAGGAUCAACACAAUGCAGCUGGUAUUUCGUUCCAUCGAUCUGUCUGUGUGCGUCGGCAGUUUUAUUGCACUACUUGUACUAAUACCACUGAAAAACCCUCGCAUUAUGCUGCAUCGUAAUCUCAUCGUUUCGUUUAUUUUGAACGAUAUCGUACAGAUUUUGAUAUCGGAGGAAUAUCCAGCAAAGACGAACAAACACCAAGAGGGAUGCAGUGCAUUGUUUGUAGCGAUAAUGUAUCUAGUUCUUGCUCAAGUUUGCUGGAUGUUUAACGAAGGUAUUUUUCAGUGUCGACAAUUUUUCUUUGUAUUCAUUCAGAAGAAAUACAUUUGGGCACAUAUGUUAUUUGGAUGGGUAUUUCCCGCCAUCGUGGUGUUAUGUAUAUACUUUCCUGCCAUGUAUAUCGACCCACCAGUAGAAGAUUUCAAAAGCUGUUGGGCAAAUUACAACCUCUACAAAUAUAAUUACAUUAUUUAUGGAACGUUAUUUAUUCUGUUGCUUCUUAAUGUAUUGAUGGUAGUUUAUCUAAUGUGGAUUAUUUGGUCCAAAUUAAAAUCAGACGAAAAUCAGCAACUGAACAAAACUAGAAAAGCGUUGAGAGGAUUCUUCAUUCUUGUCGUUUUGUUGGGCAGUGGAUAUUUGUUUUCUAUCUACGGACCUGUAAGCUGUGAAGAAUUCUUAUACCUGCGAUCCCUCAUAUUUAGCUUUCAGGGCACAUUUGUGUGUUUUGGUCAUGUCUUCUUCAGUCGGGAAGUUAAAGAAGCAGCUAAAGUUCUGUAUGGACGACAGCUUGACAGUUUCCAGUUGACUCGCUCAACCAAUCGCGGUGACAGUACUGGCUAUGAUUACAACAGGCGACCUAGCUUAUUUGAUCGCCGCUUUUCCGCUGCGGACGCUCGCCGUACGUCAGUUAUAAGCAUCGCAAGUGGAACAAGACUUUCUACGAACAACAAUAAAGUAUUUCCCCAAACAAAUCCUCCUGCAACACAGGAUUCAAUUAUGGAGGAAGUGGAAACGGCUUUUCAAGCUCAAAACGCAGCGUAUUUUAACAAAGCCUUGUGGCGUGAUGAAGAUUUACCGGACAUGAAUAAAUCAUCGGAAGACAUUAGGAUGGAUAACACCUAUGUAAAUACACAUGAUCAGAAAAAUUCAUUCUGAUACAGAAAAAAAACUGCAAGCAGAAAAGCGACCAGAAGGCCAUAACACAAUAACGGUUCAGCACAGUCUUCUAACGUCAUGCGAACUCACUAUAUCUAUAAAAUAUGGAUGGAUUUGAAAUGGACUCCCUGAUAACUAAAUUGAUGGAACUGCAAUGUGUUAGAACUGAAAGGACCUAUAAAAAUUUGACACCCUCUCAUUAACGCAAUAAGUUACAUAAUAUGUUAAUUAAAGAAGUUAUCUUUGUUCUUUUGUGUUAAUUCUCUGUAUAUAUAUAUGUUAACUUUAUUUAUAUCGGCAGUGUACACGGACCAUAUCUACUUAGCCGUCAUUUCCAAAAUGUUCAUGAAAGUUUAUAACGUCACUAUUUUUUUACCAACUGUUGCAACAAUAACAAACAUUUUGAGCGUGUUGGCGAUCAUAUUGAUCUCAAAAAAUCUUCCAAAAGUUUCUCCAUUCUCUGACAAAUAUAGCGGGAGAUUUCCAGGUGAUUGAGAAGCAAGGGUAAUCACUUAAAAUCUUGAAAGCAUUUCGAUUUCUGCGUGUGACCGUGUGGAAAGUUUAUUUUUUAUGGAAAUUAAUUUUUGUGGUAAAUUAUUGUUUAAAUGCUACCCAGUCAAAAUUUACGAGUCAUGGGACUAACCAAACAUUCUAAAUGAACCAAUGCUCUCUGUGUGCACUGCCGGUUUUUAACAACCUCAAAAAAGCCGGUAUGAUUGGGUUUAAAUUAAAUAUUUACACGCAGUAACAGAAAUAUUAAAUUACUAUUGUACAGAGCAAAAAUUUAUGAUUAUAUAUCUCAAGUAUGA